AAGAGAAACUGCAAACUCCAGUCAAAAGAAAAAACCUUGUAGCAUUACAGCAGCUCAGAUCAAAGGCAAAUCACGUUGUGCAGAGGUCAAAGAAACUGAUUUAUUUCCCACUGACCAAGAAGCUAAAACUUUGACAAAACUUACUGGCAUCCCCUCCUCCUGUCCAGAUUCUGUAUGUCGGGUUAAUAUAAAAUCGCACAACAAAAUGAUGGAAUUGCAGGAGAAUAUAAUGUGUUUGGACCUGAAAGAAAAUGAUAAAAUUGAGAAUGAAGAUACAUUUCCCUUCACAAGCACAGAAAAAUACAGAGGGAAAAAUUCAAUGUCAGGGAACAAACAAUGUGACUGUUCUGAAAAAUUUACAAGAGAAAGAAUCUUGGAACCAGAGGCAAAUUAUGAUGGCAACCAGUAUUUAUCCCAUAUAUUGACAGAGAAGCAGUUAUUUAAGGAAAAUAAGGGAGAGACACCCUGUGAUUCACUCAACAAUACAGAAGAUAAAUCUGCAUCAUUUUGUGAGAUAAAUCUAUCAGAUCAAGGAUGUAGAUAUCCAUGGUCUCAGAUGGUGGAGAACCCAGGAGAGAAAAAACUUUAUACUGAAUUGUCAAGCUUGAAGGCCGAAGAAGUUUGUUAUAUAAUAAACAAAGCUAAAGAUGAUCGGUGUGGAUUAUGUAAUAAACAAGAUAAUAAAGCAAAUGAUACACUACCCACAUUGACGAGCAAACAUGGAUUUGAUCAAGGCCUGUAUCCUUCUAAAGAUGAUGAAGACAAACUUCGAUGAUGUUUCUAUGCCUAAAGGUCAAACUUCCUGCAAAAAGGACGCAUUUGCUUAAGUUUGGAGUGCUGCAUCUCAGGAUAUGGGACGGAACAAAUCCGAGGAAUACUGGUUUGCGAUGUCCCAAGAAAAAGUGACUGAAUUCCACAAAUACCUGAAACAUUGGAGACCUGAUAUUUAUUUAUUUGAAGGAAUGGGAGACGCUCGUGUAGAUGACUUUGUUCUCUUGGAUGGAAGGUGUCCAUUCCCCUUGAACGAGAAACUUUUUGAUAGACUGUGUGAUGAUUGGGAGAUUAUAACAGAGGAAGAUGACCCUUUGAAGCACUUCAAUGAUUCUUUUGAUCCAGAAUUUGGGAACAUGGCACCUGUUCUUCAGGGGAAAAGCUGCUUAAUGGAACCUUUCCACAUUGAGAAGAUUUCCAAAUAUCUGCCACCUAGAACAGUGGGCCAUCCUUGGUGCUUGGCAUUCAGCACAUCCCUGCAUGGCUUCAGCCUAAAAACCUUGUACCGCAAAGUAGCUAAUACGGACUCACCAGUACUGCUGGUUGUAAAGGAUACAUGUGGUCAGGUGUUUGGUGCCUUGACUUCUCACCCCCCAAAGCUGAGUGACCAUUACUUUGGGACAGGAGAAACCUUUCUGUUUACUUUUAAUCUUGAUUUUAAGAUCUUCCAAUGGACUGGAGAGAAUUCUUUCUUCAUAAAAGGAAGUUUGGACUCCCUGGCAUUAGGGGGUGGCAGUGGACACUUUGGUUUGUGGUUGGAUGAAGAUCUCAAUCGUGGAAGAAGCAAUCCUUGUACAACAUUCAACAACUCCAUUCUGUCCAAAAACGAAGAUUUCAUGGUGCAGGAUCUUGAAGUGUGGACGUUUCGCUAGCUGUGCACUGAU